AUGACACGGAGGAACGCCUGGACAUUGGUGGGACCACAAGCACCUCCUCGUGGCAGCACUGCGUUCAUUUGUGUACCUUUGGUGGUUGUCUCGCCACUGGUUGAAGGAAGGGGAAGGGAGGAGCAACGUCUACGGUGGAGUGACGUGGCACACUGUUCUGCAGUGAGGAACACUGGCAGGGUGAAGAGUCUGACAAUGGCUCUCACUUCACAUUUGUUCACGAUGAAGCUAUCAGCGUUGAUGGGAGCAGUUGCGACGACUGAGGACAUUCGAUGCGACAUUGCAGAAGUGAUGCUAUGGAGGAAUGUCGGCGAGAAGGGCGUUGUUGUG